AUCAGGGGCCAAUAUUCAGACAUUGAAAUCGAGAAUUAGUGGCAUCCGUUCUCUUAACAGUGUGUGGAUGACAAAGCAGCAGCUUGUUUUGGCUGCCUUUCUGAUGUUGUCACUGCUUCACUAACAAGUAGUACCAUCCUCUCUAAGCAACAUCUGCUGAAAAGAAUAAAAAUUAGAGGUUAGUCUACAAUAUGCUUGAUUUUGCUGUAAGAAGAUAGACAAUAACAAUAUCCAAAGGGACAUGGCAACAACAGGAGGUUCUAUUUCACUUUCUAGCUUCCCUUCAUCAUCUUUUUGCCGUAGAGCUAAACCCGUAUUGCCUGCUGAUUUACUUGAACUAAGACACCUCAAAACGUGCAAAUGUAACAUAGUCCCUUCUCGCAGAAAUGUUGUCUGCUUUGCAACCCAAGAAUCUUCAUCUGUAACUGUUGCUGCCGAAAUGGAGGAGAAGAAAGAGUCUCAAACUGCUGAAGAACCAGGUCCGGCAAAACCAAAGCCAAAGCUAAAGUCAAAGGCUCCAGACAAGCUUCUACCUCAGAUGAUGGAGGAGGAUGUUAUUCCUUCACUGAAAGCAAUUCUUGAAGCCCAAAACGACAUCCUUGAGCUCGAGCUAUCAUUUAAUGACAACAAGCUGGAGGGCUCAUUUCUGAAGAAGGGCAAUCCAUAUUCAUUUUGGGCAUUCUUUCCGGAGGGACUCACAGGUCCUAAAGGUUUCUCUUUGUCCUCCUAUGGUUCCGGCGCGAGCACUGUCGAACCUUUUCUCGUUGAUGAGAAAAAGAUAACAGCAAAGCACGUUGUGUUCUGGGUUGAGAAGCGCUUAGCUGCUCAAGGAAUUAUUCCUGUCUGGAAAGAAUAAGUGUAUAUUGCCUCUUACCUUCUCCCUUUUCUUCUAUCUUUUUCCAGUAAAAAGGUCUAUAGCAGCAUGAUAUGUAUUCCAUUUAUAUGUAGUCAACUCCUCUCUUCCUCUUCCAAUGUGUAUUUUAAUAACAAAUGUACACUUACCACAAGAAUGAAAUUUCACGUUUCCUCAAUGCCAACAAA